ACACACACAUUCACCUGCUGUCUCUCAGGCUGUGGCACAUCCACACACACACACACACACACAUUCACCUGCUGUCUCUCAGGCUGUGGCACGUCCACACGUAUCUCGCAGCCAGUGCUGCUGUCUGUCCCUCUCCUAGUACUAUCUUUAUUUGUUCUGUUUCACUAAUGGCUGUAAAGUUCUUUAUUAAGUUGGUGAGUUUGUUGAAGUAGAGGUUUCUUAUGGAUAUGUAUUUAUGACAGUGAAGGAGGAAGGUCUCUGUCUCGAUCUCUCCUGACUCACAGUGAGCACACACCCUUUGCUCUCUGGGUAACCAGCUCUUUCUGUGUCUACCGGUCUCGAUGGCCAGUCUGUGCUCACUGAGCCUGUACUUGGUCAGGAUCUGUCUCUCUCUCUCUCUUUCACACACACACACACACACACACAGAGCUUGACAUACAUGUUCAGGACAAGUUCUGUAAUCCUACUAUGUGUGUACAGUAUGUACAUUGAGCACUGCUGUUCAGCUGGCAUGUUUGGGGCCAAAUUUCUUUGUAUUUUUGAUCCUUUUUUAAAUAUGUAAAACAGUAUUUUAUUUGGAUGGAUUUGUCUGUCAGAUUUAUCAGAUUCACCAACUGUUAUAACAUCUCUAGUAGGCUACUUUCCUUUCAGGAAGCCAAAGCUAAGUUAAAGCUUCUGGUUGCAAAGCAGUUGGAGAGUUUUUUUUUUUUUUUGACUGCAUUAAUAAUAUUUAGCGCGAAUUUGGCUAUAUUCCCCAACAUCAGCUCUCACUAUCUUUUCACAGGCAAGUGAUUUCGUAGAGGAAUCUUAAAAUCAAUAAGUCAUCAUGUGACACACAGCAGCCAACAGCACUUAUGUUUUAUUUAUUUUUUCCUUUUUAUUCAAAACAUUUCCAAACGCAUUAACUAUAUCAUGAAAUAUUUUGAUUCUCACCAUUAUAGAUUAUGUUGAUAGUGGGCAAUGGUCAAAGUAACCUAAUAAUGUAAUCUAUUAACUAUGCAUAAAAACCUGUCUGUUUAUGGGUGUCAUGCCAUGACAUAUUUUUAAUACGACUGACUUUAUAUUUAAUGUGAAUUUAACAUUGAAAGUUAAUGUGAAUAAAAACAUUACAUGUUAGUCUACUAAUCAUAACACUUUCAUUUUACAGAAAGAGAGCAAAGAACAUUUACAUUAUCAAAGAACAAUUUCACUGAGUCUAGUUCAAGCACUCUCCAAAACUCCUAUUAAAAUCACUGCUGUUUACACUAUGAAAUUAAUAUCUUACAGAUUCUUACACACAUUUGCACUUUGUUGUUUCUGACGAGAGAACUCGCCAGAAAGAGGUAUUCAGUCAGCGAGCGAGUGAAGAAAACGCCAGUUUUUUAGCGAUGACUCAUCUGAACACCUCUGAUUGGUCAUUGCAUUCAUAAAAUCAACAGAAUCGUGUGUGAUUGGUUAUAAUGCGCAGCAGUGCUAUAAAAACGAGUCUGUCUCUGGUUCAGCGCCAGCAAACGCAAAUUUGAAUUUAGCAGCUGACGAUAUGAUGCACUGAACGAUUUAAUCAUGCUGGUGUGAUUGUAUCAAUUAUUGAAAAUAUUAUUCGGCUAUUUUUUCUCUUUUGGAAACUGCAUUCAAAAUCCACUUGCCUCAAAAAUCUGAGGGGGCACGUGCCCCCUCACUUUGAAUGGGCAUGACACCUCUGGGCAGUCUCAAAUCUGUCCCAAUGGCUCUCAAUUAGAGCUCGCUGCAGUUCCUCAUUUCACCACAGAUUUACGUUGCAAAAUUGUGGGGCGCUGUUGAGCUCGGGAGGUCUCAGGCACCGUCUGCCCCAUCAUGACAUGCCUGUUAAAGCCAUGCGCGGGAUUUUAACAUACUGCUUGCUUUACGACUUAAAAUAGUUUAGAAAAUCCGAAAAAUAUUUGUUACACAAUGCUGAACACAUUUACAAUUUAUUAUUGAUUCAGUUUAUAUAGAGGUCUUGUAUGAAUAUUUUGGCUCAUAUAGACCAGCCGCGCCUGGUUAUAGGUCAUAGUAUCUCCAUGGAUCACAGUUCAGACCUACUUGUUAUUCGUUGUGCAUUGUUGGAAAAGUAAAUAAAACAACAUUUAGUGCAUAUAUAAACCAAAAAGCAUGUUCUAAUCAUGUAAAUGCAGUAAUAUUGGUGCAAUGAUUGUGUUAAACCAGAACUUUUGCUUUUAUGGCAUAAUAUUGAAUACAUUUCUUGUCUUGUUUUAAUAGGCUCAGUAAGAUUAAUGAUUCACCAGAGAGUCACAUACAUGCUGAUUCAACCACAGCAACCCUUUAUUUUCAUGGAUUGUUUUAUAAUGUUUUAUAGGAUCACACGAGGUUUGUGUGCAAGGUUUAUAGCAGCGGCUAUAAAUGUGUGAGUGUAUCAAUUGAGGAUCUCAGAGAGAAAAUGGCUGUUGUUGAGUCGCUGCUGCAGUUUCUCAGCACAGGUACAUUACUGGGAGCUUUGCUGUUGCUUCUGGUUUUGUAUUUGCUUUCUUCUGGAUCCAAAUCUCAGAAAGAAGGGAAAGAGCCACCAGGACCCAAACCACUGCCACUGGUGGGGAACCUGCUGACCCUUGACCUCACGAGACCCUUUGACACCUUUUUUGAGCUCUCCAAAACCUACGGGAACAUAUUCCAAGUGUUUCUGGGUCCCAGAAAAACUGUGGUCAUUGUUGGAUACAAAACUGUCAAAGAAGCUCUAGUGAACCACGCAGAAGAGUUUGGCGACAGAGAUAUUGGACCUAUUUUUAGGAUAAUGAAUGACGAACAUGGGAUCCUGUUUUCCAAUGGAGAGAACUGGAAAGAGAUGCGACGCUUUGCUCUCAGCAACCUGCGGGAUCUUGGGAUGGGCAAGAGAGGAAGUGAAGAGAAAAUCAUAGAGGAAAUUGAGUAUCUGAAAGGAGAGUUUGAUAAGUUUGAAGGAAAACCCUUCGACACGACACAACCUGUGAACUACGCUGUGUCAAACAUCAUCUCAUCGAUUGUGUACGGCAGCAGAUUUGAAUACACAGACCCUCAAUUCACUGCAAUGGUCGACAGAGCAAAUGAAAAUGUUCGGGUUGGUGGAUCAGUUUCUAUGAUGCUUUACAACAUAUUUCCGUGGUUGGGUCCGUUCCUGAAAAACAAAAGGAUUAUUAUAGACAAUGCUCUGCAAAAUAGACAACAGAUGACGAAGUUGAUCAAUGGGCUUCUGGAGACUCUGAAUCCACACGACCGCAGAGGGUUUGUCGACUCCUUUCUCAUCCGCAAACAGAACGACGAGCAAUCCGGCAAGAAGGACUCAUACUUUCACCAGGAGAAUCUUAUGAUGACGGUGGGAAACCUCUUUGUCGCUGGUACUGACACCACAGGAACGACUCUGCGCUGGGGUUUGAUGCUUAUGGCCAAAUACCCUCAUAUACAGGAUCAAGUUCAGGAGGAGAUUGACAGAGUGAUCGGUGGACGUCAGCCAGUGGUGGAAGACAGAAAGAAAUUACCGUAUACAGAUGCAGUGAUUCAUGAAACUCAGAGACUGGCAAACAUAGUACCUUUGAGUCUACCGCAUAUAACCACCUGUGAUGUUACAUUAAAUGGAUACUUCAUCAAGAAAGGCACCACUGUAGUUCCUCUGCUGACGUCUGUUUUGAAGGAUCCAAACGAAUGGGAAAAACCAAACAGCUUUUACCCAGAACACUUCCUUGAUGAGAAGGGCCAGAUCGUCAAGAGAGAUGCUUUCAUGCCUUUUUCUGCAGGACGCAGGGUUUGUCUUGGAGAGAGUUUGGCCAGGAUGGAGCUCUUCCUGUUCUUCACCUCCCUUCUUCAGAGCUACCGCUUCACGACUCCACCUGGAGUGUCUGCAGAUGAUCUGGAUCUCAAAGGAAUAGUCGGAGUCACAUUAAAUCCGUCCCCACACAAGCUGUGUGCCAACAGACGCUCCUGAUUCAAGAAAAUAUCAGCAGUCCUUUGAAGAAAACAUUGAAACAAAACAUCUCAUCUUAUUUAAAUUAAACCCCGGUAUAGUUGUUGCACUAAUUUUAUUUACUCUGAGUAAAUGCACUGACUGUAAUUGAAAAGAAGACAAAAUAGUUUAAUGACUGAUGAUUGUAAAAACUGUUUGCCAUUUGACUUUAAAAUGUGUUUGAAAUAUUGGCAUUUUCACCUUGACAGGUGACCUCCAGUAAACUAUUAGCUAAUGAACUAAAUUAGUCUGAUGAAAGCUUUAUCAGCUGUUUAUAAAUCUGAGUGUAUAUACCAUGGCACAUUUUGUUUACUGUAGAUCAGUAGUUAGUUCUAUUCAGUCUUGUUUGAAUCUUAAGCUAUUAAUUAUUAAAAUUAUUAAACUUUUCUUAUUCAAAACCAA